CCUCAAUUCAUUCAGUUUCUUUCCCUUCUCUUUCUUCACCUUCACACUCACCCUUCUCCAAGAGCUGCUACUCUGCCCCUUUUUGACAACCAAACUGUAGCAACUCCAUUCCAAUGUCACUCCUCAACAUGAUGCCCGAAGAACGCAUAGACUCAUGGCGCCAACGCGUUCCAAGCCGUAUCGAUCGCGAAGAUCCCUUCGAAGGAGACCACUUCGACGAACGUCCCCCCACACGCCUCGUAACACCCCCCCCCCCCUUUUUCGAGUAUCCUCCUCAACGCUAACCAUAUAUCAUCAGACUUUUCGAGAUGUUUCUCCCCCCGAAGUUCGACCUUCUACGCGCCUGGGCUUCUUCCGCGCUGCAACUCCGCUGUUUGGGCGUAGUUCAACACCCUCUUCUACCCGUCCUGAUUCAAGCAUGAUGCAGAGACGUGCUGAGGGGAAGCGAAGGAGUUUGCUGAGUUUGCUUAGUCGCAAGAGGAAGAGAAAGGAGCCAGAGGAGAUCCCUCGGGAUCCUGUCCGUUUGAACUUUUUGUUUGUUGGGAGUAAAGCCGCUGGACAGACAUCUUUGCUAUUUCGAUCUCGCUAUGGGUACUUUCCUGAUUCAAAUGCUUUUUCUCGUCCUCUGUAUGAGACCUACGUCAACGAUCGUAUCUACCACAACCAGCCUCUGACCUAUAUCGAAUGGGACGCUGUGUUUCUCUGUUUCGACAUCUCGGAUAAGAUAUCCAUGUACACAAUCAUCCAAUGGUGGCAUCACGCUUCGAAUCAGGGCUUCACCAAAUCUGCGAGUUUUGAACCAUUGCUGUACCUCAUCGGUUUGAAGAAGGAUUUGCGUGAUCAGUGCUUUUUGGAAGAUCAUCGAACUGGCUCUGCGUUCUCGUCUUCUGGGCUGUUGGCUUAUCCGACUUGCUGUAUCUGUUCAUCAGAGGCAAACUGGCAAGCAUCUCGAAUUGGAGCACACAAAUACAUCGAAUGCUCGGCUGCGACUGGUGAAGGGAUGAAGGAGGUCAUCGAUGACUCUGGUAGAGAGGCGAUGAGAAGACUUGUUGGAGGGCAAGUGCCUGAGGAUGAGGUUGUUCCCAAGAAGAAACGCCGUUUCUUCUGA